AUGCCUGAGGAGCAGGCGUUCUGUGUGCUGGGGAGGAUUAUGUAUGAGUACGGCCUGAGGGAACUCUACAAGAACAACUUUGAGGAUCUGCACUGCAAGUUCUACCAGCUGGAACGACUGCUCCAGGUUAGUCCGCCCGCAUCUCUAAAGCCCUCUGAAAAACGUCAAACCUAACAAAAUGUCACAUAAUGAUUGUGGUCAUGAGACUGGAUGGUUGUGUUUGUGUGUGUUCUUGCAUGCGUGUGUAUGUGCACACACAUGUAUCUGCAGACACUUACCCAUGCUCUAUGCACCUUAACGUUGGAAUCCGCAGUAGGGGUAAACGGCGCCACUGUCCGCCCCACGGACAUUAUUGUUUUUGUUUUGUUGAUGAAGCAGAGGCAGGGAGCGCUGGGAAUGCGUUGCGCAUCGGAUGUAGCAGUUUCACCAUUAAGGAUUCCAGCUUGAAGAGUGCUGACUGACUCUAUUCUUGUUAGGGCUAGCCUUAGGUUCGUUAUUAGGCUAAAUCCACUCCAAAUUGGAGUUUAAUUUUGUACGGAAAUCCAUUUUAGCCUCCACUAAGUAGGUUUUUUUCAGCACUGUAUUGACAAGCUCCCCAAGGCUAAGGAGUAUUAGCGUUAAUCGCUAAGGGUUGGCAUACAGGUGGAAUCAAGCCAGUUUCUCUUUCUCUUCUCUCUCCAGCUCUCUCUCCUUCACUCACUCCCUCUCUCUGACGGUGCUUUCUGAGCUGUGAUGAUGAUCGCUUGCUUGACUGAUUGAUUGACUGACUGACUUGACUGAUUUACACUAUUAGUCUGUCAAUCAAUGUAUUGGUAUAUACAGUGCCUUCUGAAAAUAUUCAGACCCCUUGACUUUUUCCACAUUUUGUUACGUUACAGCCUUAUUCUAAAAUUGAUUAGAAAAUAAGUACAUAUCAGCAAUCUACACACAAUACCCCAUAAUGACAAAGCAAAAACGUUUUUUUUAGACAGUUUAGCACAUUCAAAAUAAAAAACUGAAAUACGUAGGUAUUCAGACCCUUUGCUAUGAAACUCGAAAUUGAGCUUGUGCAUCCUGUUUCCAUUGAUCAUCCUUGAGAUGUUUCUACAACUUGAUUGGAGUCCACCUGUGGUAAAUUCAAUUGAUUGGACAUGAUUUGAUUUGUCUAUAUAAGGUCCAACAGUUGACAGUGCAUGUCAGAGCAAAAACCAAGCCAUGAGGUCGAAGGAAUUGUCUGUAGAGCUCCGAGACAGGAUUGUGUCGAGGCACAGGUCUGGGGAAGGGUACCAAAAAAAAUCUGCAGCAUUGAAGGCCCCAAGAACACAGUGGCCUCCAUCAUUCUUAAAUGGAAGAAGUUUGGAACCACCAAGACUCUUCCUAGAGCUGGCCGCCUGGCCAAACUGAGCAAUCGGGGGAGAAGGGCCUUGGUCAGGGAGGUGACCAAGAACCCGAUGGUCACUCUGACAGAGCUCCAGAGUUCCUCUGUGGAGAUGAGAGAACCUUCCAGAAGGACAACCAUCUCUGCAGCACUCCACCAAUCAAGCCCGCUUGGAGUUUGCCAAAAGGCACCUAAAGACUCUCAGACCAUGAGAAACAAGAUUCUCUGGCCUGAUGCAAGCAAGAUUGAACUCUUUGGACUGAAUGUCAAGCGUCACGUUUGGAGGAAUCCUGGCACCAUCCCUACGGUGAAGCAUGGUGGUAGCAGCAUCAUGCUGUGGGGAUGUUUUUCAGUGGUAGGGACUGGGAGACUAGUCAGGAUCGAGGAAAAGAUGAACGGAGCAUAGUACAGAGAGAUCCUUGAUGAAAACCUGCUCCAGAGCGCUCAGGACCUCAGCGCUCAGGACAACAACCCUAAGCACACAGCCAAGACAAUGCAGGAGUGGCUUCGGGACAAGUUUCUGAAUGUCCUUGAGUGGUCCAGCCAGAGCCCAGACUUGAACCUGAUUGAACAUCUCUGGAGAGACUUGAAAAUAGCUGUGCAGCGAUGCUCCCCAUCCAACCUGACAGAGCUUGAGAGGAACUGCAGAGAAGAAUGGGAGAAACUCCCCAAAUACAGGUGUGCCAAGCUUGUAGCGUCAUACCCAAGAAGACUCGAUGCUGUAAUCGCUGCCAAAGGUGCUUUAACAAAGUACUGAGUGAGGUCUGAGUACUUAUGUUAAUGUGAUACUUUAGUUGUAUAUGUAAAAAAAAAAAUCUAACAUUUCUACAAACCUGUUUUUGCUUUGUCAUUAUGGGGUAUUGUGUGUAGAUUGAUGAGUACUGUGAAAUUAACUCCUCUUUCUUCUUACUGAGUGGUUUCCUCUCCUCUUAUUUCCUAUCUCCAGGAACAACUCCCAGAACUCUGGUCCCACUUCCAGGAGCUCAAUCUGGAAGCUCACAUGUAUGCCUCUCAGUGGUUCCUCACGCUCUUCACAGCCAAGUUCCCCCUCUGCAUGGUCUUCCACAUCACUGACCUGCUGUUGUGUGAGGUAAGAAGUUAAGAAGCCCCACAAUUGACCCAACACUAGUGUUAAGACUCAUUUUAACACGACUCCUAAUCCCAACACUGGUCCUUACCUUAGCCCUACUCCUUACCACAACACAGACCAUUACCAACCUGCUAUUGGUAAACUAAACUUAAAGGGAUUCUUUGGGAUUUUGGAGUAGGAGUAGGGCUUUAUCUACUUCCCCAGAGUCAGAUGAACUCGUGGAUACCAUUUUUAUGUCUGGUUGCAGUUUGAAGGAAGUUGCUAACUAGCGCAAUUGCUAACUAGCAUUAGCGCAAUGACUGGAAGUCUAUGGCAGUGAUUUUCAACUUGUGGGUCUUGCAGGAGGUUUUGAAUGGGUCGCGGGUAUAAAACAAAAAACUUUUUUUAAUUACAUUUUUUAUACUCCAGUCUGAACUUAAAUGACUUAAAGCAGGUAGAAAGUGUGUAGAAAUGAUAAUGAACUUACAUUUUUUAAUAAUUGAAUCUAAUAAUUGAAUCUCUAAUAUAGAGCCAUUAGCAGCGCUAUUUCUGGUUGAUUUUGUGGUCUCAAACCAGUGAGUUUAUUAGCAUUCUACAUCAAAAUGUUAUUAUUGACAAUGAAAGAGGUGGGAGUGUUGUUCCCUUGUCAUGUAAUUGCUACUUUUACUAUCAAUAUAGCAUAAAAAAUAGUUUUCCAGAUUGUAUUUUGGUGUUUUUUUUCCACAAUGUAUAAUAUUGCGUCGUGACUGAGACAACCUGGUUCAAGUUGGGUCCCGAGGCAAAACCAGUUGAGAACUAAUUGCAGCAUUACCACAACAAUAGAAGAGGAAAGUGGAUAGGGGAAAAAGUAAGGAACUUGUCUGUCGGCCUUGCAUUAAAACCAUAAUUGGUUAAAGAAAAUUGUGAUAAAUAAAAAAGUGUUUCAUUUCAGGACCAAAGGAUUGACAGCCUUCCCAUAUAGAUUGCAAAAUAGUUGGGAAGAGAUUUUUGACGUACCAAUUCCAUGGUAAAAAAAAUAAUUGUAAAUGGUUUAUGAACUGAUACGCAUAGCAACGCCGGAUUCAAAACUUAGAUUUUUUCAAUUUAAAUUAUUAUACAAAAUUCUUGCUACCAAUAGAAUGUUAUUUAUAUGGGGGAUACAAUCUUCCCAGCUCUGCAGAUUUUGCUGCGAAGAGACAGAAUCAUUAGAUCAUUUGUUCUGGUACUGUACGUUUGUAGCUUGUUUUUGGUCACAGGUCCAGGAAUGGCUUAAGGAUUGCAAUAUUUACCUGGAGCUAACCCUGCAGAUAGCACUACUGGGUGAUCUGAAAAGUCAUAGUCAAUCGAUCAAUAAUAUAAUAAUACUUUUAGUAAUGUUUACUUUCGAUUUACAAUCUGUAGAAACAAUGAGAAUAGAAGGGUUCAGUACUUUUGUGAAACAUCACAGUACAGAUUACGAAAUAUAUGGCAAAAAGAAAUCCAAUAUGGAUGGUGUUAAGUCGGAAGUUUACAUACACCUUAGCCAAAUACAUUUAAACUCAGUUUUUCACAAUUCCUGACAUUUAAUCUUAGUAAAAAUGUUGUCCCCAUGUGCAAUUGCAAACCAUAGUCUGGCUUUUUUAUGGUGGUUUUGGAGCAGUGGCUUCUUCCUUGCUGAGCGGCCUUUCAGGUUAGGUCGAUAUAGGACUCAUUUUACUGUGGAUAUAGAUACUUUUGAACCUGUUUCCUCCAGCAUCUCCAAGGUCCUUUGCUGUUGUUCUGGGAUUGAUUUGCACUUUUCGCACUAAAGUACGUUCAUCUCUAGGAGACCGAACGCGUCUCCUUCCUGAGCGGUAUGACGGCUGCGUGGUCCCAUGGUGUUUAUACUUGCGUACUAUUGUUUGUACAGAUGAACGUGGUACCUUUAGGCGUUUGGAAAUUGCUCCCAUGGAUGAACCAGACUUGUGGAGGUCUACAAUUUUUUUUCUGAGGUCUUGGCUGAUUUCUUUGGUUUUCCCAUGAUGUCAAGCAAAGAGGCACUGAGUUUGAAGGUAGGCCUUGAAAUACAUCCACAGGUACACCUCUCAUUGACUCAAAUGAUGUCAAUUAGCCUAUCAGAAGCUUUUAAAGCCAUGACAUCAUUUUCUGGAAUUUUCCAAGCUGUUUAAAGGCACAGUCAACUUAGUGUAUGUAAACUUCUGACCCACUGGAAUUGUGAAACAGUGAAUUAUAAGUGAAAUAAUCUGUCUGUAAACAACUGUUUGAAAAAUUACUUGUGUCAUGCACAAAGUAGAUGUCCUAACCGACUUGCCAAAACUAUAGUUUGUUAACAAGAAAUUUGUGGAGUGGUAGAAAAACGAGUUUUAAUGACUCCAACCUAAGUGCAUGUAAACUUCCGACUUCAACUGUAGAUGGGAGGGGUUGAAUGGAGCUGAAGGUUGGGACUAAUAACUAAUAACAACAAAAUAACUAUAAGUAAGUAAAACAUACUGUGUCCAUAAUAAGUAUAUAUGUUAUAGGUUGAGAACUUUUGUGAAAGAGCACAGUUUGAAAGAUAUGGCAUAGACAGAGGCUUGCGAAAGUAUUCACCCCCCUUGGCAAUUUUCCUAUUUUGUUGCCUUACAACCUGGAAUUAAAAUGGAUUUUUUGGGGGUUUGUAUCAUUUGAUUUACACAACAUGCCUACCACUAUUCACCCCCCCCCCCCCCCCCUUUGCAGCAAUUACAGCUGCAAGUUUCUUGGGGUAUGUCUCUAUAAGCUUGGCACAUCAAGCCACUGGGAUUUUUUCCCAUUCUUCAAGGCAAAACUGCUCCAGCUCCUUCAAGUUUGGAUGGGUUCCGCUGGUGUACUGCAUUCUUUGAGUCAUACCACAGAUUCUCAAUUGGAUUGAGGUCUGGGCUUUGACUAGGCCAUUCCAAUACAUUUAAAUGUUUCCCUUUAAACCACUCGUGUUGAUUUAGGUAAUUGUCCUGCUGGAAGGUAAACCUUAGUCCCAGUCUCAAAUCUCUGGAAGACUGAAACAAGUUUCUCUCAAGAAUUUCCCUGUAUUUAGCGCCAUCCAUCAUUCCUUCACUUCUGACCAGUGUCCCAGUCCCUGCCGAUGAAAAACAUCCCCACAGCAUGAUGCUGCCACCACGUGCUUCACUGUGGGAUGGUGUUCUCUGGGUGAUGAGGUGUUGGGUUUGCGCCAGACAUAGCAUUUUCCUUGAUGGCCAAAAAGCUCAAUUUUAAUCUCAUCUGACCAGAGUACCUUCUUCCAUAUGUUUGGGGAGUCUCCCACAUGCCUUUUGGCGAACACCAAACGUGUUUGCUUAUUAUUUUCUUUAAGCAAUGGCCUUUUUCUGGCCACUCUUCUGUAAAGCCCAGCUCUGUGGAGUGUACGGCUUAAAGUGGUCCUAUGGACAGAAACUCCAAUCUCCGCUGUGGAGCUUUGCAGCUCCUUCAGGGGUCUCUUUGUUGCCUCUCUGAUUAAUGCCCUCCUUGCCUGGUCCGUGAGUUUUGGUGGGUGGCCCUCUCUUGGCAGGUUUGUUGUGGUGCCAUAUUCUUUCCAUUUUUUAAUAAUGGAUUUAAUGGUGCUCCGUGGGAUAUUCAAAGUUUCUGAUAUUUUUUUAUAACCCAACCCUGAUCUGUACUUCUCCACAACUUUGUCCCUGACCUGUUUGGAGAGCUCCCUGGUCUUCAUGGUGCCGCUAGCUUGGUGGUGCCCCUUGCUUAGUGGUGUGGUAGACUCUGGGGCCUUUCAGAAAAGGUGUAUAUAUACUGAGAUCAUGUGACAGAUCAUGUGACACUUAUUUAACUAAUUAUGUGACUUCUGAAGGUAAUUGGUUGCACCAGAUCUUAUUUAGGGGCUUCAUAGCAAAGGGGGUGAAUACAUAUGCACGCACCACUUUUCCGUUAUUAAUUUUUUAUAAUUUUCUGAAACAAGUUAUUUUUUUCAUUUCACUUCACCAAUUUGGACAAUUUUGUGUAAGUCCAUUACAUGAAAUCCAAAUAAAAAUCAAUUUAAAUUAGAGGUUGUAAUGCAACAAAAUAGGAAAAACGCCAAGGGGGAUGAAUACUUUUGGAAGGCACUGUAGAAGCAAACCGGUUGGACAUCAUGAAAAUGAUCGAAGAGGAUGAGGGUAGAGGAAGUUCAGGAGUAAAAAUAAACAAAAUAUAAUUAUUGUGAAAUUGACUGUGUCCAUAAAAUGUAUAUAGUAUGUAUAAGUUGGAAGUAAAGGCCUAAGCGUUGUUGUUCACUAGUUUACUCCAAUUAGGGGAGGUGUGGUGGGGUUGGAAAAUAUAUUUUAAAAAAAUGAUGUUUAUGUGUGUGUGUGUGUGUGUGUAUGUAUGUGUGUGUGUGUGUGUGUGUGUGUGUGUGUGUGUGUGUAUAUGUAUAUAUGUGUGUGUGUGUGUGUGUGUGUAUAUGUGUAUCACUGUCAACUGCGUUUAUUUUCAGCAAACUUAACAUGUGUAAAUAUUUGUAUGAACAUAACAAGAUUCAACAAUUGAGACAUAAACUGAACAAUUUCCACAGACAUGUGACUAACAGAAAUUGAAUAAUGUGUCCCUGAACAAAGGGGGGGGGGGGGGGGUCAAAAUGAAAAGUAACAGUCAGUGUCUGGUGUGGCCACCAGCUGCAUUAAGUACUGCAGUGCAUCCCCUCCUCAUGGACUGCACCAUAUUUGCCAGUUCUUGCUGUGAGAUGUUACCCCACUCUUCCACCAAGGCACCUGCUAGUUCCCAGACAUUUCUGGGGUGAAUGGCCCCAGCCCUCACCCUCCGAUCCAACAGGUCCCAGACGUGCUCAAUGGGACUGAGAUCCGGGCUCUUCGCUGGCCAUGGCAGAACACUGACAUUCCUGUCUUGCAGGAAAUCACGCACAGAACGAGCGGUAUGGUUGGUGGCAUUGUCAUGCUGGAGGGUUAUGUAAGGAUGAGCCUGCAGGAAGGGUACCACAUGAGGGUGGAGGAUGUCUUCCCUGUAAUGCAUAGCGUUGAGAUUGCCUGCAAUGACAACAAGCUCAGUCCGAUGAUGCUGUGACACACCGCCCCAGUCCAUGACGGACCCUCCACCUCCAAAUCGAUCCCGCUCCAGAGUACAGGCCUCGGUGUAACGCUCAUUCCUUCGACAAUAAACGCGAAUCCGACUAUCACCUCUGGUGAGACAAAACCGCAACUCAUCAGUGAAGAGCACUUUUUGCCAGUCCUGUCUGGACCAGUGAUGGUGGGUUUGUGCCAAUAGGCGACGUUGUUGCCGGUGAUGUCUGGUGUACCGAUCCUGUGCAGGUGUUGUUACACGUAGUGUGCCACUGCGAGGACGAUCAGCUCUCCGUCCUGUCUCCCUGUAGUGCUUUCUUAGGCGUCUCACGGUAUGGACAUUGCAAUUUAUUGCCCUGGCCACAUCUGCAGUCCUCAUGCCUCCUUGCAGCAUGCCUAAGGCACGUUCACGCAGAUGAGCAGGGACCCUGGGCAUCUUUCUUUUGGUGUUUUUCAGAGUCAGUAGAAAGGCCUCUUUAGUGUCAUACGUUUUCAUAACUGUGACCUUAAUUGCCUACCGUCUGUAAGCUUGCAUGUUCAUUAAUUGUUUGUGGUUCAUUGAACAAGCAUGGGAAACAGUGUUUAAACCCUUUACAAUUAAAAUCUGUGAAGUUAUUUGGAUUUUUACGAAUUAUCUUUGAAAGAGGGACAUUUGUUUUUAUAUGAAUGCGGGAAAAAAACAUAUGGGGGAUUGGAAGUGAUGCAGACAAUUACAUUGAUGGAAGUUACAGUUUAUCUGCAAUAUUAAAGCUGAUCUACCCCCAAAAAAAACAAAAAAAACUGUUGAGAACCGCUGGUCUAUGGGUAACUGCUAGCACACAGUUAUUGUGCUAGCACUAGUUAGCAAUGGCUUGCGAAACUACCUCUAACUUCCUUCUUACUGUACACAGAGACACAAAAAUGCUAUCCACAAGUUCAUCUGACUAUGCCAAAAUCUCUAUAUGACUCUGGACUAACACAGUGAAACCUCUCCAGUAUUCACACACAUAUCUACCUCUUCAAAGCUAUAAUGACCCUGAGAAGUGAGAACACACCGUUCUAGCAUGAUGAACCCAUCAAAUCCUCAAAGCCCCUUCAAGCCCUAAAGCACAGUAGCAUAGCCCCACCUGCUCCUCUUCCCAGUUCCCUUCAGACCUGGUACCCCAGGAGAGAGUCAUUGUAUGCGUCCCAAAUGGCACCCUAUUCCCUAUAUAGUGCACUACUUUUGACCAGAACCCUUUGGGCCUUGGUGAAAAGUAGUGUACUAUUAAGGGAAUAUGGUGACAUUUGGGACUCAGCCACGGUGGCCUUUCUCGCUCCUUUUCUCUGUGUGAUUCUCUCUCCUCCUCUCUCCUUUUAUCCCUCUCUCCCUCCCUCCCUCCCUCUUUCGGCCCCCGGGCGCGUUUCUCAGCCAAUGAGCCGCGUGAUGAGAAUCUGCUCCUCUACUCCGUACCUCCCUUUUUAAAAUCUCUCCCUCUCUAUACCUCUUUCUUUCUCUCUUUUCUCGUGAGAGGUCACUUUCUUAUUGUUGUUUGCUUUACCCAUGCCUCAAUUUGAUUUAUUUUUUUGUAAUUCUGUCACUUUUCUCUCCUUUUUCUCUCUUCUCUAUGAAAUUGCUUUACCUCUCCCUUCCCGUUUCAUCUGUUGUGCUCCUGUUGUCGUCCUUUUCUUUUCUCCACACCUCUCUCUGUCUCUCUCUCUGUCUCUCUCUGUCUCUCUCUGUUCUCGUCGGUCUCUCUCUCGUUUUUGUGUCUCUGCUUCUCUCGCCUCAAUCAACCACUUUUCUCGUUUUCUUUUCUCUCUUCUUUGGUCUCUCUCUCGUCUCUCUUCUUCUCUCCUGUCUCUCGUCCUGUUUCUCUCCACACUCUCUUGUCUCUUCUUCUCUCUCUCGCUCUCUCUCUCUCUCUCUGCUAUGUCUCGCUCUCUUUCGCUCUGUUUCUCUCUGUCUCUUCCUCGCUGUCCUCUGUCUCCUCUGUCUCUUCGCUCAUUCUGCUCUCUUUCCUUCUUUUCGCUCUCUUUUCGCUCUGUCUCUCUCCGUCUCUGUCUCUCUCUCUUCUCUCUGUCCUUCGCUCUCUCUCUUCUCUGUCUCCUUUGUCUCUCUUCUCUUGUAUUCUGUCGCUCCUCUGUGGUCUCUGGUUUCUCACGGUCUCUCACGGCUCUUUCUGCUCCUCUUUACUCUGUUCUCUUCUGUUACUCUGUCUCUCUCUCUGUCUAUCUCUGUCUCUCUCUCCUGUCUACCCUCUGUCUAUCUCUGUCUCUCUCUCUGUCUCGCUCUCUGUCCCUCUCUGUCUCGCUCUCUGUCUCCUCCUUGUCUCCUCUGUCUCUCUCGCGUCUUCUGUCUCUCUGUCUCGCUUGUCUCGCUCUUCUCUCUCUGUUCAUCUGUCCCUCUGUUCGCUCUGUUCUCUCUUCUCGCUCUGUCUCUCUGUCCUCUCUCUGUCUUCUCUGUCCUCUCUGUUAUUCUCUGUCUCGCUGUAUCUGUUUCUCUCUCUGUCUAUCUGUCUCUCUCUGUCUCGCUCUGUCUCCUCUGUCUCUCUCUUUUCUCUCUCGCUUUUGUCUCUCUCUGUCUCUCUCUCGCUCUCUGUCUCUCUCCUCUCUCUCGCUCUCCUGUCUCUGCUCUCUGUCUCUCUUUUGUCUCGCUCGCCCCUCUUUUUCUCUCCCCUGUCUCUCUCCUCUGUCUCUUUUCUCUCUCUUCGUCUCUCUCUCUGUUCCCCUUCUCUCCUCUCUCUCUCAUCUCUAUCUCUCUCUCUGUCUCUCUGUUUUCUCCUUUCUCUCUCCUGUUUCGCUCUCUGUGUCUCUAUCUCUGUCUCUCUCUCUGGUCUCGCUCUCUGUCUCUCUCUUGUCUUCUCUCUCUGUCUCGCUCUCUGUUUUCUCUUCUGUUUCUCCUCUCUGUCUCUCUCUGUCUCUCGGUCUCUCCUGUCUCCGUCUCUCUCGUCUCUCUCUGUCUCUCCUCUUCGCUCUCUGUUCUCUGCGUCUCUGUCUCUCUCUCUGUCUAUUCUCUGUCUUUUGUCUCUCUCGCUUGUCUCUCUCUGUCUUGUCUCUCUCUGUCUCUGUCUUCUCUGUCUCUCUCUCUUCUAUCUACUGUCUCUCUCUCUGUCUAUCAUCUGUUUUCUCUCUCUGUCUUCUCUUUUCUCCUCUCCUGUCUCGCUCUCUCUCGUCUCUCUCUCUGUCUCUCCCCUCUCUCUCUGUCCUCUCUCUUCGUCUCUCUCUGUCUCUCUCUGUCUAUCUCGUCUCUCUCUGUCUCUCUGAUCUCUCUCUGUCUCUCUCUCUCCUCUGUCUCUCUCUGUCUCCUCUCUGUGCUACUCUGUCGCUCUCUGUCUCUCUCCUCUGCUUCUGUCUCUCUCUCUGUCUCUCUCUGUCUCCUCUCUCUCUCUGCUCUCUGUCUCUCUCGUCUCUCUCUUCUCUCUCUCUGUCUCUCUCCUCUCUCUCUCUCUCUCUGUUUUCGCUCACUGUCUCGCUCUCUGUUUCGUCGCUCUGUCUCUCUCGUCUCGCUCUGCUUUUUCGUCUCUGUCUCUCUUGUCUCUCUCUCUGUCUCUCUCUUCUGUCUCUUUUGUCUCCCCGCUCUCUGUUUCUUCUUCUCUCUGUCUCCUUCUGUCUCUCUCUGGUCUCUCUCCUGUCUCUCUCUCCGUCUCUUUUCCCCUCUGUCAUCUUCUCGCUUCUCUCCUCUGUCUCUCUCUCUGUCUAUGUCUCUCUCUCUGCUCUAUCUCUGUUCUCUCUGUCUGUCUCUCUCUGUCUCUCUUCUCUCUGUCUCUUCUUUCUCUCCUCUCUGUCUCUUCUGUCUCUCUCUAUUCUUCUCUGUCUCGCUCUCUGUUUCUCUCUGUCUCUCUCUCUGUUCUCUCUGUCUCUUUGUCUCUCUCUGUCUCGCUCUCUGUCUCUCUCUCCUGUUUCACUCUCUGUUCUCUCUUGCUGUCUCGCUCUCUGUCUCGCUCUCUCUCUUCUCUCACUGUCUCGCUCUCGUUUCGCUCUGUCUCUCCCCCUCGCUCUCUGUCUCGCUCUCUGUCUCUAUGUCGCUCUCUGCCCGCUCUCUUGCCCUCGCUCUCUUGUCUCCGCUCUCUGUCUCUUUCUGUCUCUCUGUCUCUCUCCCCUGUCUCUGUCUCUCGCUCUCUGUCUCGCUCUCUGUCUCGCUUUUCUGUCUCGCUCUCUGUCCCCUCUUCUGUCUCUGUCUCUCUCUGUCUCUCUGUCUCUCUGUCUCGCUCUCUGUCUCUUCCUUUUGCUCUCUGUCUCUGCUCUGUCCUCUGUCUUUUCUCUCGUCUCUGUCUCUCUCUCUGUCUCUGUCUCUCUCUGUCUCUGUCUUCUUCUCUGUCUUUUGUUCUCUCCUCUCUCUGGUCUGUCUCUGUCUCUCUGUCUCCUGUCCUCUCGCUCUCUGUCUCGGUCUCUUCUGUCUCUCGCUCUGUCUCUCGCUCUGUCUUCUCGCUUUUGUCCCCUCUCUCUGUCUCUCUCUCUGUCUCUCUCUCUCGUCUCGUCUUCGCUCUCUGUUUCGCUCUCUGUUUUCUCCCCUGUCUCUCUCUCUCUCUCUCUGUCUCUCUUCUCUCUGUCUUCUCUGUCUCGUCUCUGUCUCUUCUCUGUCUCUCUGUUCUCUCUGUCUUUUGUUCUCUCUCCCCUGUCUCUCUCGCUCUUGUCUCUCUCUCUGUCUCUUUCUCUCUCUGUCUCUCCUCUGUCCCCUGUCUCUCUCUGUCUGUCUCUGUCUCUUCUCUGUCUCUCUGUCUCUCUCCCUCUGUCUCUCGUCUCCUCUGUCUCUCUCUGUCUUCUGCUCUCUGUCUCUGCUCUCUGUCUCGCUCUCUCUUUGGUCUCUCUCCUCUGUCUCUCGUUCUCGCUGCCUCUCGCCUCUGUCUCUCUCCUCUCUUCUCUCUGUCUCUCUCUCUGUCUCUCUCUGCCCUCUCUGCUCGUCUCCUCUGUCUCCUACUCUCGUCUCUCCUCUAGUCUCUCUUCCUGUCUUCUCUCUCUCUCUCUGUCUCCCCUCUGUCUUUCUGUCUCUCUCUGGUCUCUCUCUCUGUCUGUCUCUUCCUCCUCUCGUCUCUGUCUCUCUCUUGUCUCCUCUGUCUCUUCUCCUCUCUGUUCUCCCUCUGUCUUCUGUCUCUCUCUCUGUGUCCUCUUCUGUUCCUCUCCUCUCUUUUUCUCUUCCUCGCUUCUCUGUCUCUCUCUCUCUGUCCUCUCUGCUCUCUCGUCUGCUCUCUGUCUCUGUUGUCUCUCUUCCUACUCUGUCUCUCUCUCUGUCUCUCUCUCUGCUUUUCUCUUUUUCCCUCUCUGUCUCUCUCUCUGUCUCUGCUUUUGUCUCUCUCUGUCUCGCUCUCUGUCUCUCUCCUGUCUAUCGUCUUUUCUCUCUCUCUCUGGUUCUUUCUCUCUCUUUGUCUUGUUCUCUCUGCCUAUCUCUGUCUCUCUCUCUGUUCUCGUCUCUGUUCUCUUGUCUGUCUCUCUGUCUCUCACUCUCGCCUCCUCUCUGCUCUCUCUCGUCUCUCUCUCCUCUCCUGUCUUCUCGCUCUGUCUCUCUCUCGGUCUCUCUCUCUCCCUCUUUGUCUCUUCUCUGUCUCGCUCUCUGUCUUUUUCUCCCCCUGUCUCUCUCUUCUGUUUCCUCUCUGUCUCUCUCUGUCCUCGCUCUCUGUUCGCUCUCUCUCUCUCUCUGUCUCUCUUUUCAUCUUGUCGCUCUUGUCUCCUCUCUCGUCUCUGUCCCUCUCUCUCUCUGUCUCUCUGUUCGCUUCUCUGUCCGCUCUCUGUCUCGCUCUCUGUCCCCUCGCUCUCUGUCUCUCUCUGUCUCUUUGCCCCUCUUUCUGCUCUCUGUCUCGCUUUUCUGUCUCGCUCUCUGUCUCGUCUCUGUCUCUUCUCUGUCUCUGUCUCUCUCUCUGUCUCGCUCUGUCUCGCCUCUGCCUCGUCUCUGUCUCGCUCUCUGUCGCUCUGUCGUCCUCUGUCUCGCUCUCUGUCUCGCUCUCUGUCUGUCUCUCGCUCUCUGUCUUCGCCUCCUCUGUCCUCGCUCUCAUGUCUCGCUCUCUGUCUCGCUCUCUGUUCCUCGCUCUCUGUCUCGCUCUCUGUCUCGCUCCUGUCUCGCGCCUCGGUUUCGCGCUCUCUGGUCUCGCUCUCCUGUCUCGCUCUCUGUCUCAAUCUCUGUCUCCCCUCUCCGUCUCACCGGUCUCUCGCUCUCAGUUUCGCUCUCUGUCCUCCUCCUCUCUCGCUCUCUGCUCUCCUGUCCUCUCUCUCUGUCUCUCUCUGUCUCGCUCCUCUGUCUCGCUCUGUCUCUCGCUCUCUGUCGUCCUCAACUCUCCUCUGUCUCGCUCCUCGCCCGAGGUAUGUAUAGUUUUUUUGUGUGCUCUAGGGCAACGGUGUCUACAUGGAAUUUGUAUUUUGUGGUCCUGGCAACUGGACCUUUUUUGGAACACCAUUAUUUAUGUCUUACUGAGAUUUUCUGUCAGGGCCCAGGUCUGACAGAAUCUGUGCAGAAGAUCUAGGUGCUGCUAUAGGCCAUCCUUGGUUGGGGACAGAAGCACCAGAUCAUUAGCAAACAGUAGACAUUUGACUUUAGUUUCUAGUAAGGUGAGGCCGGGUGCUGCAGACUGUUCUAGUGCCCUAUAUGUUGAAGAGGGUGGGGCUUUAAACUGCAUCCCUGUCUCACCCCACGGCCCUGUGGAAAGAAAGUGUUUUUUUUUGACAAUUUUAACCGCACACUUGUUGUUUGUGUACAUGGAUUUUAUAAUGUCGUAUAUGUUUUCCCCCCAACCCCACAUUCCAUCAAUUUCUAUAGCAGACCUUCAUGCCAAAUUGAGAGAAAGCAUAAGAAAGACUUUGCCUUUGUUUUGUUUUUUUGUUUGUCAAUUAGGGUGUGCAGAGUGAAUACGUGGUUUGUCAUACGGUAAUUUGGUAAAAAGCCCAUUUGACAUUUGCUCAGUACAUUGUUUUCACUGAGGAAAUGAACUAGUCUGCUGUUAAUGAUAAUGCAGAGGAUUUUCCCAAGGUUGCUGUUGACGCAUAUCCUACGGUAGUUAUUGGUGUCAAAUUUGUCUCCACUUUUGUGGAUUGGGGUGAUCAGUCCUUGGUUCCAAAUAUUGGGGAUGAUGCCAGAGCUAAGAGAUUAUGUUAAAGAGUUUAAGUAUAGCCAAUUGGAAUUUGUGGUCUGUAUAUUUUAUCAUUUCAUUGAGGAUACCAUCAACACCACAGGCCUUUUUGGGUUGGAGGGUUUGUAUUUUGUCCUGUAGUUCAUUCAAUGUAAUUGGAGAAUCCAGUGGGUUCUGGUAGUCUUUAAUAGUUGAUUCUAAGAUUUGCAUUUGAUAUUGUAUAUGGUUUUGCUAUUUGUUCUUUGUUAGUGGGUUACCCAUACAUCUCCAUUUUGGAUAGAUAGCUCUUCGUGUUGUUGUUUGUUUAGUGUUUUCCAAUUUUCCCAGAAGUGGUUAGAGUCUAUGGAUUCUUCAGUUACAUUGAGCUGAUUUCUGACAUGCUGUUCCUUCUUUUUCCAUAGUGUAUUUCUGUAUUGUUUUAGUGAUUCACCAUAGUGAAGGCGUAGGCACAGGUUUUAUGUGAGGGUCUCUGUUUUUGGUUGGAUAGGUUUCUCAAUUUCUUUCUUAGGUUUUUGCAUUCUUCAUCAAACCAUUUGUCAUUGUUGUUACUGUUCUUCGAUUUUCUGUUAGAGAUUUUUAGAU